AUGGAGGCUUCUUCUGCAACAACCAUGGCUUUGAGAGUCUCCUCCUCCUCUUCUUCUUCUUCUUCGUCUUCUUCCUUCUUCUCCAUCUCCCCAAACCACAAGCCCAACUCACUCCCUUUGAAGUUCAGCACUUUCAGACCUCCUCAACCAACCCUCCUAAAAUCUCUCAAAUGCAUCCAAACCCCGCCUUCCAAUUCGAACCCAUUAAAGCAGCCUCCCAAAAACCCUAGCCCUGCCUCCCCCUUCUCCUGCUCUGCCCUUACCCUCUCUUCCCCUCAAACCACCGACCCCUGCAAGCUCCAAACUUUGAUCUCUGAGUUUCAAGCUUUAUCUGAGCCGAUCGAUAGAGUUAAGCGCUUAUUGCACUACGCCACUCUCCUCCCUCCGUUCGACGAUUCGGACCGGGUCGAUUCGAACCGGGUCAUGGGCUGCACGGCCCAGGUGUGGCUGGAGGCCAAGAUGGACAAGGAGGGCAAGAUGAGAUUCUCGGCGGACAGCGAUUCGGAGAUUACUAAAGGGUUCUGCUCGUGCUUAGUCUCGGUGCUCGACGGCGCGUCGCCCGAUGAGGUCUUGAUGGUCAAGACUGACGACUUGUCGUCGCUGAAUGUGGGCUUGCCGGGUGCACAGAGGUCUAGGGUUAAUACUUGGCAUAAUGUGUUGGUUAGUAUGCAGAAAAAGACCAAGGCUUUGGUCGCCGAGCAACAGGGUAGACCGCCGUUCGAGCCGUUCCCUUCGCUCGCCAUCACCGCCGAUGGGAUUCACGCAAAGGGUAGCUUCGCUGAAGCCCAGGCGAGGUACUUGUUCCCUGAUGAGUCUAAGGUUGAGGAACUUGUUAAUGUGUUAAAAGAAAAGAAAAUUGGCAUUGUUGCGCAUUUUUACAUGGACCCGGAGGUCCAAGGUGUAUUAACUGCUGCACAGAAGCAUUGGCCUCACAUCCAUAUAUCUGAUUCUUUAGUCAUGGCGGAUUCAGCUGUGAAUAUGGCAAAAGCUGGUUGCGAAUUCAUUACAGUUUUGGGUGUUGAUUUUAUGUCCGAAAAUGUCCGGGCUAUUCUUGAUCAGGCUGGCUUUGAAAAGGUUGGCGUCUACAGGAUGUCAAAUGAACGUAUAGGUUGUUCUUUGGCAGAUGCUGCAUCUAGCCCUUCUUAUAUGAGUUAUCUUGAGGCAGCUUCUAGGUCUCCUAAUUCGUUGCAUGUUGUCUACAUUAACACUUCUCUAGAGACAAAAGCAUAUGCUCAUGAGCUUGUGCCAACAAUUACGUGUACUUCUUCAAAUGUUGUACAAACCAUUUUGCAGGCUUUUGUUCAAGUGCCUGAUGCAAACAUAUGGUACGGACCUGAUUCUUACAUGGGUGCAAAUAUUAGAGAAUUACUCCAGCAGAUGACUAAGAUGACGGAUGAAGAAAUUGCUGAGAUACAUCCAGAACAUAAUAGAGACUCAAUCAGAUCUUUGCUACCUCGCCUGCAUUAUUUUCAGGAUGGGACAUGCAUAGUACAUCAUUUAUUUGGAAAUGAAGUUGUGGACAGGAUAAAAGAAAUGUACUGUGAUGCGUAUCUAACUGCUCAUUUCGAGGUCCCUGGAGAAAUGUUUUCUUUGGCAAUGGAAGCAAAGAGAAGAGGAAUGGGGGUUGUGGGCUCUACCCAGAACAUACUAGAUUUCAUAAAACAGAGGAUUCAGGAGGCUUUGGAUAGAAAUGUCAAUGAGCACCUUCAGUUUGUGUUAGGAACGGAAUCUGGAAUGGUGACUUCAAUUGUCGCAGCAGUUCGUGGUUUGUUAGGUUCUGCAAGGUCUGGGGGAGCAGAGAUUAAUGUAGAAAUUGUAUUUCCAGUUUCAUCUGAAUCGGUGACAACAUCAUCAAAUGCUUCCCCAGGCCUUAAAUCUGUUACAGUGGGCAAUGUCAUACUUCCUGUUAUACCUGGAGUUGCCAGUGGUGAGGGAUGCUCCAUUAAUGGCGGCUGUGCAUCCUGUCCAUACAUGAAGAUGAAUUCUCUCAGCUCCCUCCUGAAAGUUUGCCACCACCUGCCUGAUGAGACAAAUUUUGCUCUUUCUGCAUAUGAAGCUGGCCGAUUCAAACUGCAAACCCCCAAUGGAAAAUCUGUUGCAGAUGUUGGGUGCGAACCGAUUUUGCACAUGAGGCACUUCCAGGCCUCUAAAAAACUGCCAGAGAAGCUUAUUUCCCAUAUUCUUCAUCCGUCUGGUAAUGGGAGCUCAUCGGCGGUGUCGUACUGGGUUGUCGUUUAUAUUACGAUAAUCGCUUCCCCGUCUCGUCCCUCAGACUCAGAACAAACGGAGAAGAUAACCCCCAGUUUCUCUCACUGCAAAAACUCCCACCUGGAUUCUGCUGCACCUGCAAGCUACAUGAUGGGCUCCACAAAUGGCUUAGCCAGUGCACAGGGGAAGCAACCUCUAUUUUCGUUUGGGGUGAUAUCUGACGUCCAGUAUGCUGAUAUUCCUGAUGGCCGUUCUUUUCUUGGCGUUCCACGAUAUUAUAGGCAUAGCAUUGUUGUACUGGAAAGGGCUGUCAAAAGAUGGAAUGAUCAGAAGAGGCAUAAAUUUGUGAUCAAUUUUGGGGAUAUUGUUGAUGGAUUUUGCCCAAAAGACCAAUCCCUGGAUGCUGUAAGAAGAGUUAUUGACAAAUUUGAGGAUUUUAAUGGUCCUGUCUAUCAUAUGAUUGGUAAUCACUGCCUCUAUAAUCUUCCCCGCACCAAAUUACUUCCGUUGUUGAAUAUUCCAAGUGUUGAUGGUCGUGCAUACUAUGACUUUUCACCGACACCAGAAUUCAGAUUCGUUGUUUUGGAUGGCUAUGAUAUUAGUGCUAUUGGUUGGCCUCAAGAACAUCCAAAUACAAUAGAGGCUUUGAAAUUCCUUGAGGAGAGGAAUCCAAAUACAGACAAGAACAGUCCAGCUGGCCUUGUAGGCCUCGAGAGAAGGUUCCUUAUGUUCAAUGGAGCAGUUGGAAAGGAACAAUUGGAAUGGUUAGACGACGUCCUCAAGGAAGCAACAAAGUUGAAACACAAAGUAGUGAUUUGUUGCCAUCUGCCUUUAGAUCCUGGGUCAUCAGCCAAAGAAGCACUUUUGUGGAACUAUGACGAAGUCAUGAGUGUGGUACACCGGUAUAAUUGCGUGAAAGUUUGCCUUGCCGGGCACGAUCACAAAGGCGGCCACUCUGUUGAUUCCCAUGGAAUCCACCAUAGAGUUCUUGAAGCUGCCCUUGAGUGCCCUCCUGGGACAGAUGCAUAUGGAUAUAUCGACGUUUAUGAUGAUAAACUUGAACUUACUGGUACUGACCGAAUGAAGAGCACUGACAUGCUAUACAAUCCUCAAGCAGACUUACAAGAUAACUGGCAUCAAGAAGUUUGUUAA